UGUGCAUGUUUUAAUGUAAAUCUUUGUCACCAGUACACGGUCUUGAUAAAGUUUGAGCUUUCCGCCCCACCGUAGAACAACCCGGAUGUAGAUCUUCGCUACCAUUGCACAUUUUAUCCUUUGGCGCCCCUAAAUUGUCACAAAUUGUUCCUUUCUAGUUUGUCUCCCCCCCACCCCCCCCUUUUUUUUUGGGAAGCUAUUUCGUUUACGAAUAAGUGAGCGUGCGCCAUGUUCCUCACCCUGGCCCUGCUGCGUAAGGGGAUCCCGGGCAAGCAGUGGAUCGGCAAGCACCGGCGUCCGCGGCCCAUCACGUGGCAGAUGAAGCGCAACAUGCUGAAGCACCUGGAGCGCGAGGCCGAGAACGAGUACUGGAUCAGCCGGCCCUACGUGACGCCCCAGCAGGAGGCCGGAAGCGCCGCCGAACGCCGCGCCGCCGUCUGGCUGCGCAUCAAGGAGGCCAAGUUCAACAACUUCCCGCAGCACAAGACCAUCACCGAUCACCUGGCCCAACUCAGAAUGGCCAAGAACUGGUGCACUUAACGCUCGAGUUUGGACAUGGAAAUACUUUCGAGCGCGUCUCCGUCUGUGUACAGUUCGGUUCUCCACCUGUUUGUGUCAUCAUUCAUAUAUAAAACUCGAGUUGAAAUCCUGCAA